GCGCAUAGGGAGGCGGUUUCUUUGAACCCAAUUCAGGAAGUAAAUUUCAAGUAAAGCCAAAUUUGUUCUGUUUUGCUUAUUAAAUAAGGAAUGUCCUCCGGAUUUAAUUGAUCUUUCUUUGGGAGGUACUGCAGCCAUGCUGGACGAGGGGGACCUGGAUGCGCUCUUGGCCUCUAAGGAGAGGGAGUGGAAGGAGCUGCAGGCCAAGCGCGUUCAGCAGUUGGAGGAAGCACUGCGGGACACCAGAGCUCAGCUGACCACGCAGGGGGAAGUGUUUCAGCGACUGAAGGAGGACUUUGAAUUCAACCUGCGGGUCCUGGAGGAGAGAGACCGGGAGCUGGAGCGCUAUGACGCCAUGGCCGCCCGCCUGCACUCUGUGGAGAGCGCCAGGCGGGCCGAAACCAGCGAACUGCGAAUUCAAAUCGACAAGCUGCAGGAGGCCGUUUCUGCCGAGGCCAGGAAACGGGAGGAGCUGCAGAGGCUGUACCAACAGAGAGUUGCUGAACAGCACCUCCAGCUGGAGACAGUACAGAGCGCGAAGGGCCAUGAAAUUGAGAGACAUCGGGAGGAGUACGAAAGCCUGAAACAUGAGCUUGAGCGCAAGAUUCAGGAAGUGGAAGGGGAGCUCGCUUUACAGAAACAGGAGCUGAUGGUGGAGUUUGACAGUGAAAUGAAACGCAGGGAACAUGAAUUCAUUCUGAGGAUGGAUGAGAUGAGCAACGUUGUUCUGUCUCAUGAACUCAAGGUUAAAUUACUGACCAAGGAACUGGAGGUGCACACCAAGGCCCACAGCGAGGCAGUGGAGGCUCUCCAAGCUUCAGAGGAGCUCUAUCGGGAUGCACAGAAAGAGAUCAAGCGCAGAGAGUGGGACAUCAAAGACAUCUCUGCUGUAAAGGAUGCUCGACUGAAGGAGCUUGAGGAUAAACUAAGUGUAAUGGAAAUGAACCGGAAAAAAGAAGAAGAAAUAUUCAACAGAAAACAUGAGGAGCUGGAUCGCUGUGCGAGGGAGAGGGAGGCAGCCCUGGUGGCGGUGCGGGAGGCCCAUGCUGAGCAGCUCCGAGACAUGGAGAACAAGAACCGGGAGCUGCAGACCGACCUGGACACCCUGCUCAUGGAGAAACGCAGGCUGGAGUGGAGCCAUGCUGAUGCGUUGAGGGAGAAAGAAGACCAGAUCGAGAAACUUCGGGGGGAGCUGGAAACAACACGAGCUGGAUGGGACGCCUAUAUUGCCCAAGUCUCCAAGGAAACCGUUUCUAAGGACAUGGAGCUCCAGGCCCUGGGAGAAAGGGAGUCCAGGCUGAAAACAGAAUUGCAGCGAUACAAGGAGGAUGUGGAGAGGUACAAGCAGCAGGUGACCCGCGGGGUGGAGCGCGAACGUGGCCUGGAGCAGGCCCGGGUCCAGGCUGAGCUGGACUGGCAGAGGCGCUGUGAAGAUGCAGAGCAGGUGCAAUACGCAAAAAAUGAAGAGCUGAUUCAGGGACUAACUCAAGCCAGAGACCAGGUAACAGCUGAGCUGCGUGAGAAGGAACGUGAGCUGCAGGAUAUGAGUGCGUUUCUGCGCAGUGUGACUUUGGAGAGAGACCAAGCAUUGGCUGCCCUGAGCAAGAAUGGGCUUCCCAGCAGAGAGAGACAGCUGCAGGCGGGAGAAGGCAGCAGCUUCCCCUCGGAUGAGAUCCGCCGGCUGCAGCAGCAGAACGCCAGCCUGCGUGCCAUCAUUGCUGGGAUGAGGAAGGACAUGGAGGCCCUGAGUGAGCAGAUACCUGUCCCCCCUGCUGCUCCCAAGACCCCACGUGGCACUGAGCCUGUGAAGAGCCCAGACAGUCCAGGGAGUCCGUUUAUUCCGGAGUACACCAAGUCACUGGAGGAGGAGGUAAAGGAGCUGAAGAAAAAAUACAGGAGUUUGGAAGAACAGCUGGAGGAGGCACAGAGGGCUCCCAGUCAGCCCCCAGCCCCUGGCCUGGCACUUCCAGUGAGUGCUGAUAAUGCCUAUCUCCAAAACCACAUCCGCACUCUUAAUGAAAUAAUAGGGGGGCUCCGAGCAGAGAAAGUGUCCAGGUCUGCAGCUCUGAAGAAGCACGAGGUGAGGGUAGCCCACCUGGAGUCUGCCAUUUCUCAGCUCACACAGCAGCUCCUCACGAAGCAAGCGGAGACUGAUGAGCUGCGCUUCGAGCUGGCCAAUCAGAGGAAGCGGAGCGGGGCGGAGGAGGCGGGGCUACGGCAGCGUGUGGUCGCAGUGGAGAUGGAGUUGGCGGAGGCGAGGCGAGAGGCGGAGGAGUACCAGAGGGGCAGUUUGCUGCAGAACCUGGAAGCUGUGUCCCUGGGGAACCAGGUCUCUGCUUUGAAACUGGACAUUGCAAGCCGGAGAGAGCCUAUCAUUGUUGAACAGAGCGAGAUGGUGAAACAGCUACAGGAUGAGAACCUUCGAUUGAGGCAGCUUCUUGUGGCAGAGCGCCCUGAAGCAGGGUUGUUUGGGAAAGAGAGAGUCAGCGUGCCCGCGCUGCGGUCCAAACUGAAACAAGCUGUCCGCUACAUCUCUCAGCUGACCCGCGACAAGGAGCAGCUGAUCGAGAUGGGGAACAGAUUGAGGGCCCAGCUGGCUGAUGCGGGGUUGAGUGGCCAUCAGUUCCCGAGCUCUACAAAUAAACCCACUGAAGUUCUCGUCCCUUCAGUCUCAGAAUCUCACUCCAUGAAAAGUACAACCCAAGACCCACAGAACCGCCUGUUUGCUCUUGAGCAGCUCCAGUACCAGCUUACCACACAGGAACUGCAGUAUGCUCAGCGAGAGCAGUAUAAAAAGACCCCUAUAGUUGUACGUUACAACUUGUCAGACAGUGAAAGUGGGGACAAAAUCAGGAUUAAUAAUCCAUGGGAUCAGCAUUCAAAGUCUGACCUCAGUAAGGAGAAAAAAGCUAAUCCUCCGCAUUUUAAGAACAAUGUCAGAAGCAGGAAGGAGAACACACCUCCAGCUUCCAGCCAUUCACAUAAACCGCACCAGGUGGAGCCAAGCCAAACAUGUCCUGAAGGGAGGCCACACUCUGACCAGUCACAGCUCUUCAUAUCAUCUCUGGGAACUGACAGUACUCUGCAAGAUGUCUGGCAGAUGCUGGACAGAGGCUUGAGUUCCUCUGGCUCCACACCUCAGGAGGGUUUUGAGAGAGUGCCUGGUGUGAGUGUGGCUGGGGCCGAAGAGGCAGUCCGAGGACCCAGCAUCCCUGUUCUAGAAGAUUCUGUGAGAGUCCAGGGGAAGAGAGCAGACCUUCAGCCGAGGAAGACUCCUGGGAAAUCAUCUGAGCCCAGCCAGAAACACAAACAACACAGCAAAACUCCAAAGAUCAGAAAUUACAACAUAAAAGACUGAAAGGAAAUUGAUAUAAUUUAUUUCAACACCAUCAGCACAACUAUAUUUGUAUUGUAAAUUACAUGUACAGACUGUGUGGUACAAUUUGUUUUUCACAGUCUUGUGUUCACAACUCAUCAAAUGGCAAUCUAGAAGUCUGUACUGUCCAUAAAUUCGGAAAGGAUCAUGGUGAACAGUUAUUACAGAAAUGUUUUGAACGAUUAAGAAAAAAUAGGGAAUCCGUGAAAUUUACAUAAAGCAUUUGAAGUUGAGAAAUUUCAUUUUUAUGUACAGUCUUUUGGAUAAUAGAUUGAUUUCUGUUUGUACUUCUGAGAGUUGUAAGGGACUGAAAUAGUAUGCAGAAACUCUAGAGCUUCUGUGUGCAGAGACUGGGCUUUAUACCAAAGCAAAUGAUGUUAGCUAAUCUUGAACUGACAGCACACUGGUCUUUGAGCUGUGGCCUGACUUCUCUCAAUACCAUGUUAGAUUUCAAAUUCCUGACUUUUUCUGUGCUUAUUUUAGUGCCAGUACUUUCUUACAACAAAACACAUAUGCUUUAAUUGUGUAUUAUAUUUAAUAUAUCCUUUUUUACUUCAAAAUAACUUGUAAAAUAAAUAUCAGCGCUGAUUAAGAAAUUCUCAAAGAUUGUAUUUUAUAUGCAUUUCAGAUUCAUCAUUGUGAAUUAGAAUUUCUACAAAUUUAAAUCAUAACCUGUCUAACCCUACUGUUUUGCUUUUUCUAUUUUGGCAAUUCACAUAUUUCUUCAUAACCUAAAUGCUUUAUACACUGUAUUUAAAAAUUGUUGCACAGUUCACGCCAGUAGAUCUAAAUGGACUUUUAAAGUGAUAGUAGAAAUGUACUAAAUUAGGAAUGAACAACUCCAGUUCUUGGGGGCAGGUACUUUUACUUUAGCUAUUAAUUAAAAUCCAGAAAGUUAGUGAUCAAGGGCUUUAUCUGAAUUAGUAGUUCAGGUUUCAAAGACCAUGAGAUGAGGAGUGAAAAUCUUGUGGGCCUCCUGGCCUGGGUUUGUUCAUACCUGAUGUACAUGUUGAAAAUAGUUUAUUCCAUUGUUUUUCAGCCAUUUUUCAUUUGGUCAGAAUGCUUCACCAGUUGGGUUUUCUAUGGACUACACCAAUGAUCAGUCUUCCCUAGUCAAAAUGCUUUAGAAUUUGGAUUACAAAUGAACAAAAUCUUUUGUUUGAUAGAUUAAUUUUUCCUUUUAAAAUAAAUUCAAAUAGGGGCAGCUUUCCCAG